AUGUCUCCCAAUAUCAAAACAAUUCAGUCCAACCUAGUCCCUAAUGAGCCAAAGAUCCCUGUCAAAGGCUCAUUUAGUUGGGAGCAGGUAUACUAUUAUGUUUCAACCAAUCAAAUAAAACAAAUCCAUCGAAGCAAGGCGGUUCAGGCUGAAUACGAUAAUUGGAUCAAGGACACAUUAAGCAGAUACGGUACAAUUGAGAACUACCUUUUGUCUACAAAAUUGCAUUUUCCAUCUGAUGAACCUGCCGAUCAUCCGGCUACUAUUAUUCUACCCAAUGAUUUCCCUUAUGAUGUUCAAGAAGGAAUAUCCCACAUUCUUAUCUGGUCUCGGUUACCGCUCACAAGAUCACAAAUCCAGCAAAUCCUCGAAGAGAAAUAUGGCCAAGAGUCCUGGGAGUGGGUCUUUUGGGUUAAUCCUCCAGAAAUUCAAAGUGUUCGGAAGUUGCCACACGUACAUGUCUUCCUACGUUGUCGCUUCAACUCAUAA